UGUCAUACAAAUCUGAUGGAUUCCUUUUUUAUGCCUUUUAUGAGGAUGGAGAACGUUCAAGGAAAGUGAAUUGAUGGGAUUUUGCAGUGCUUGCAUGGCUGAACAUGAAGAACAUAGAGAAAUGUGAGGAUUUAUGUGUCUGAUAUGAGGAACAAUUGAAACAAAGGCUUGAACAUUCCUCUGAUGAAUACUGAUUACAUCAGACAUGACUAUGUGAAUAACCAGGGAAAAGCCAAAGGUGGGACAGGAUGUCAGAAUAACAUACAAAACAUUUUGAGGGCGAGGCCAGCACACCAUGCAGUCAGGGCACCGCUUCCGCGAUGUCGAGCACCACCCGCUCCUGGCCGACAGCGAGAGCUACGACUCCUCCUCCUCCUCCUCGGAGGCUGACAUGCCUGAGAGGGUCUGGUUCAUCAGGGAUGGCUGUGGCAUGGUCUGUGCCAUCAUGACCUGGCUCCUGGUGGUCUAUGCAGACUUUGUAGUGACUUUUGUCAUGUUGCUGCCUUCCAAAGACUUUUGGUACUCCGUGAUCAACGGGGUUCUCUUUAACUGCUUGGCAGUGCUGGCUCUGUCGUCACAUCUGAGGACUAUGCUGACUGAUCCAGGGGCUGUGCCCAAAGGAAAUGCCACUAAAGAAUACAUGGAUAAUUUGCAACUGAAACCAGGAGAAGUGAUCUACAAAUGUCCCAAGUGCUGUAGUAUCAAACCUGAGCGUGCACACCACUGCAGUAUUUGCAAGCGAUGCAUCCGAAAGAUGGAUCACCACUGCCCGUGGGUGAAUAACUGUGUGGGGGAGAAAAAUCAGAGAUUUUUCGUUCUGUUUACGAUGUACAUAGCCCUAAUUUCAGCUCAUGCUCUUGUACUCUGUGGAUUUCAGUUCUUCUCCUGUGUCCGAGGGCAGUGGACUGAGUGCAGUGACUUCUCCCCACCUGUAACUGUGAUCCUGAUGAUCUUCUUGUGCCUUGAGGGUUUUCUGUUUCUCACUUUCACUGCAGUCAUGUUUGGCACCCAAAUCCACUCAAUAUGCAAUGAUGAAACGGAGAUUGAGAGACUGAAGAGUGAAAAGCCAACGUGGGAGCGCAGGCUGCGCUGGGAAGGGAUGAAAUCCGUCUUUGGGGGCCAGCCCUCCCUCCUGUGGAUCAACCCUUUCGCAGGAUUUCGGAUCAGGAGACUCCUGCUGCGAGGCAAGAAAGGAGGACCUGAGUUUUCUGUUUGAGUCUAACUAUGCUGGAACUUGAAAGAAUCUGUUAAAGUUGCAUAACUCAAUACUCAACAGAACAGACGAUUUGGGGAUACAAGCAUCAUAAAGUCACCCCAAGACAGAAUCCUAUAUAAUAUUUAUUUUGGGGCCAGAGAAGGCUGUCUGCAUAUAAUCUGUGACCAGGUGAAACUGAUGUCAGACAUUUGCUUGUAGCAAGCAGAGUUUUCUACGUUUGUUGUCACAGACAUCUCAAUAAUUCUGAGGCAGGAACUGGAUCUGCCAUGAUCAGAGCAGGAUACCAGAGGAAAAGCACGUGGUCACACUAAAGAAGCCAAAUGUUGUCAUGCUACUGUAA